UCCAUUUUUCCCUAUUCCGCCGCCUAAUCACGAUGAGGCUAUACAUCUGACAAAUUAACAAGUGAAGCUCUUCGUACUGUGCAAGGUCACUGUCGUAUCAGGCUAUCAGUGGCAACUUUCUGCCCCGAGACGCCGCGCAAAGUACUCGGGAGACAGACCUUCAAUCUCUUAGUCGCCUCGUCACUUCCUUCACGGCGCUCGCACCUCCACCUCCUCCUCCUCCUCCUCCUCCUCCUCCUCCUCUCCACCUCCAUCAUUACUUCUGUCCCUACUACCUCCAUUCGCGGGGGAAAUAAUGGACACUUCUCCAGAGACUAAGAUCAACACUUCACAGAAGAAAGAGGAGGAAAUGGGUUAUCAUUGUCAGGAAGGUGGUGAGCCCAGAGAGGCCAAGGGCGACGGAGGCACGGCCAUUUCGACGAUGAAGAAGCUUUGGGCUGCCACCACCUACGAGCCGCUGCUGCUGCUGCAUUCCAUUCUCCACUUCGGCACUGUUGCCAUGACAGAGUCCCUGAUAGCAGAAAAGAGCUGCCUGGUGACCCUCGGCAAACCGGAAGAUAUCUGCAAAGAACUUUAUAACUAUCCAGAUGAUGAAAUUGAGGUACAGCAAGUUGCGUCAAAAUAUCAGGGUUCUGCAACACUGGCCGAGAACCUGGUCGCAAUGUUUCUGCUUCUUUAUAUCGGUCCCUUCUCUGACAGGUACGGUCGCAAGCCCUUCCUUUACCUGAGUCUGGUGACGAAAACAUUGAACAUGCUUAUCCUUUUCUUCGCCUCCGUGUUCAUUUACUCUCCUACUGAACUCACUGUCGUGGCGCCGUUCCUCUACUCCCUCGGAGGAGCGAUGGGCUCCUUCCAGAUGCUCGUCUUCGCCUGCAUCUCCGACGUCACGACGGAGGCCAACCGGACCUACAGGCUGGGCAUCCUCAAGAUCUUCAUGGCCUUCGGGUCGCCCACUGGCAGGAUGGUCGGCGGCCAGAUGUAUGCGGCGGGAGGGUAUGUAGCAGUGUACGGGCUGGCGCUGGGACUCCUGGCCAUCUGCCUCCUCCUGCUCGUCUUCACUGCGGAAUCUGUGAAAUUCAGUGAUCAUGAGGAGAGGCCCAAGUUCAGGAUCUCGUGGCUGGUGGAGGUCCCCGCGGAGCUGCUCACCGCCGUCCACCGCAAGGAAGGGCCGCGAAGGGGCAUCGUCUACGCGAUCCUCCUUUCUCACAUCUGCAUCUUCUUCGCUAUGAAUCCUCUGUAUUUCCUAUUCUUCAAGUUGAUGUUCGACUGGGAUGCGACGGACUACUCUAACUGGCUGUUCUACAGGGACAUGACCAAAGCCAUUGCGCUGGUACUGCUGAUGCCCGUCUUCGUGGGCCGCCUGCGCCUCCCCGACACCGCCCUCGGGCUGCUGGGCUGCAGCUCCGUCGCCUUCAUGCAGAUCGCCCUCGGCCAGAUCGUCAGCGCCUCCAUGACGUGGGUCGCUUUCCUCGGUCCUUUGCUCGGGAUGCUGGAACUGUUCGCGCACUUGGCCUCACGUUCCAUCAUGUCCAAGUGUUCGGAUGGAAGCAGAGAACUCGGAAAGCUGUUCGCGGCGCAGGCGGUCCUGGACUCCAUCGCCACCGGAUUCGCAGGCCCUUUGUACGCAGCCGUGUACAGCUCGUCGGUGGACAGCCUCCCCAUGGCGCAGUUCCUCCUGGCAGCCCUGUUCAUGUUCCUGGCCGUCUUGGGCAUCAGGGUGUGUGAUAUCUUCCUCCUGAAGAAAGAAACUAGAGCCGAGCAUGAAGAUCACCAAGAAAAAGCUUGAAUUUUUUUUUUUUUUUUUUAAAGGACAAAAAGAAGAGAAAAAUAAAGUGUCUUCACAGAAUAUCUUGCUGGCCUUCACUUUUUUAUUUCUUAUAGUUGCAUUAUUGUAGUCUCAUCAUUAGAUUACAUUUUUUUAUAUUGUCGUUAUCAAUACUACUGUCAAGAUUAUCAUGGUCGUUGUUAUGAUUAUCAUUAUCACUCCUAUUUUUAUUCUCAUCGUCAUCAUUAUUGUUAAUAUUGUUAUUGUUAUUAUUAUCAGCAUCAUUAUUAUCAUUAUUAUUAUCAUUAUUAUUAUUAUCAUUAUUAUUAUCAUUAUUAUUAUUAUCAUUAUUAUUAUUAUCAUUGUUUUAGUUUUUUAUUAUUGUUACUAAUGUUAUCAUUAUUAGAUCAUUAUUAUUUUUAUUAUUGUCAUUAUUAUUAUUAUCACUAUUACUGUCAUCAUUAUUAUCAUUAUUAUUAUCAUUACUAUUAUUAUCAUCAUUGUAUAUAUAUUAUCAUUGCUCGUGUUGAAUUUUAUCAUUAUUAAUCAAUAUCAUUACAUAUAUUUUAUCAUGUAUCACUGUUGUCAUUAUCUUUAUCAUCAUCAUUCUUAUAACUGAUUUCAUACUGGUAAUAUUCGGACAGUGAUUAAUCCUAUCAUUAUCUUAAUUACUAUUAACACCUUUGUUGUAAUUAGCAUCAUUCUCAUUAUCACAUAACACCAUUAUUUGUGAUACUUUGAUUAUCCUUAAUUAUCAUUAUCGCCGCCAUGAACAUCAUUAUCAUUCCCAUAAUAAAUUAUCAUUGCUGGUGCUAUGGCUGCCAGAUGGUAUUAUGUUAUUAUCAAAAUAAUUACCAUAAUAAUUACCAUAAUCGUGAUUAUAAAAGUAUCCUUACUUUAAUACUUUUCCUUCCGUGAUGUAAUUUUUUAUGUGUUUGUACCGUAGCGCGUUUUUUUGAAUUGUGAAUUAAAUGAGUGAUAUUA